AUGGGUUAUAAUAAUAAUCUUUCUUGUCCUUGGGCGAGGGGGUUGAUGAUUGUAGUAUUAGUCGCGGGAUUGAUACCAUUAGGAUCAUGUGAUUUGGGAGACGACGUGACACCUUAUGACGAUGCCUUGACAUUCUCUUAUUACCAUGGGAAUUGUCCCAACUUUGAAGGCAUAGUCCACAAUAAAAUCAAGCAGUGGAUCAACAAAGAUUACACUCUUGCUGCCAGUAUCAUCCGCCUUCAUUUUCACGACUGUUCUGUCCGGGGAUGCGACGCUUCGAUUUUGUUGGACCACGAAGGGAGCGAGAGGAGAGCUAACGCGAGCAAGACGCUAAGGGGGUACGAGGUCAUCGACGACAUCAAAGCAGCAAUUGAGAAGAAGUGUCCCAAGACCAUCUCGUGCGCCGACAUCCUGACCGCGGCCGCCAGAGAUGCCACUGUUGCGGUUGGCGGGCCCUUCUGGAUGGUCCCCUACGGCAGGAAGGACGGAAAAGUGUCCCUGGCAAAGGAAGCUAGUUUAGUUCCUGCCGGCAAAGAAAGGAUCACCGAUCUUCUUCAUUUCUUCCAAUCCAAGGGAUUGAAUGUUCUUGAUUUGGUUACCCUCUCAGGAGCACACACGAUUGGCAAGUCGGCUUGCGGAGCUGUGCAACACAGGCUGUACAACUACAAGGGAACAGGGAAACCGGAUCCAACGAUCGCACCCAAAUAUCUGAACUACCUUCGCCGGAAAUGUCGGUGGGCGUCGGAAGGUGUGGACCUGGACGCUACCACUCCAAAGACCUUCGACAACGUUUACUACACCAACCUGCAGAAGAAGAUGGGUCUUCUCUCUACCGACCAGGGUCUCUACUACGACUCACGCACCUCCCAUCUCGUCACUGCCAUGGCAUCUCAGCCCCACGUCUUCCAACACCAGUUCGCCGCCUCUAUGGUCAAACUCGGCAACAUCAUCGAUUAUGACAACGACGAAGGAGAGGUUCGCCUCAAAUGCAGCUCUGUCAAUGCCAAAAAAUAUUAGCGAUCCAGAUCCAGAAUGAAUGAAUGAGAGAAUUAAUUACAAGAUAUCUUCAUUCAUUUUCAUUUCAAUUCUUGACUUGUUUUUGGUUUCUUAUCCAUCUAUCUUUAUGUUCAUU